UUGGCGCGAAAACUUCCAAAACUGAGGUUAACCAACUAACAACAAAACCCAAACCCAUUUCUUUUCCAAGACAUGGACUUCACAGCAAACCGCCGCCGCCUCAACCAACCCAUAAUCAACGACUCCUUAAGCGAGCUCUACCGCCACGACCUCAACAUGUACGUAGACCCCCCUUCCCAAUCCAUCUCCUUAAGCGAAUUCGAAGACAUAGCCCUCCAACGUGUCCAGCUAUUCCGAAUCAUAGAACAAGCGUCAUUGAAAGGCCACAAAUUGUACACCGACGACUGGAAAGAGUGCAUUAAAGGAGACUUAAGUAAAGCCACGUUGAAAAGCUUCAUUCGGUUAAUGCAGCCGUACAAUGGUCAAACCGAAGCCGACCAUCAAGCACGUCGCAUUGACCACAUAUCCCACUUCAUCCUCCGAGUGGCUUACUGUCGCUCUGAAGAACUCAGGCGGUGGUUUUUAAGCAGAGAACUCGAAUGGUUUCGACUGAAGUUCAGCGAGAAAAGUGCUGAAAGCAUUAGGAGUUUCCUGGAGUUGUAUAAAUUGUCGUAUACGCCGAUUUCGGAUGAGGAGAAAAUGGAGCUCCGGGAGGAGCUCACGCAAUCAACGAGCGGGAUAUUCGUGUUUGAUACGACUGCGUUUUAUAAAGUACCGUUCACGGAAGUCUGCCCCUUAGUCAAAAAUAGGAGGGUUUUGUUAAAAGGGGGAUACGCCUAUGUGCCUUCGUACGAAUUAGUGGUCCCCAUUUUGUCGAAAUUUCGGGCCGAUUUAAGCGCUGCUUUAACAUUUUAUAAUCGCCGCCUCCCUCUAUUUGACGACGACCGCAUCAACCCCCUUCUCACCAACCUCCAUCGCGUCCACACAGGCAACAACUACGUGGUUCGCGAAAACACAGACAGUGUGGACCCCGCCAAUUUGGACGCUUAUUCCAAAAAACACUUCCCGUUGUGUAUGAGGCACAUGCAUGAUGUUCUGAGGGCGGAGCACCACCAUAAGCACCAAGCCCGACUUACUUAUGGUCUCUUUUUGAAAGGGAUUGGUUUGUUGUAUGAGGAUGCUGUCAGGUUUUGGCGGGACGAGUUCACGAAGAAGAUGGAUUCGGGAAAAUUUGAGAAAAGUUAUUUGUAUAAUAUUAAACAUCAGUAUGGGAAGGUGGGGCGUAUGUUGAAUUAUACUCCCUAUAGUUGUAUGAAGAUUAUUUUGACUAAUGUGGGGCCUGGGGAGCAUCACGGGUGUCCGUUUAGGAACUGGGAUCCUAAUUUUAUUAAGCAGAAGUUGGUGGAAGGUGGAAUUAGCAACGAGAAUGCCAAUGAGAUUAAGGAGUUGGCGAGUGGGGGGCAUUGUCAAGUCGCUUGUGGUAAAUAUUUUGAAUAUAGUCAUGGGAAGGCAGCAGCGAAUGGGAUUAAUCACCCCAAUCAGUACUUUGAGGAGAGCGUGAAUCUGGAGAAGGGAAAUGCUGAAAGUAAAAAAUAAUCAAGAGUUGUUAGUUUAUAAGUGAGUAGGCAACCAGCAAUACGGAAGUGUUAAUGAUUUGUACUGCACAUAUUUUGUUUAUUGUUUGAUAUAAAUAAAACUGCACAUGUAGA